UUUUCCUGAUGGAUGUUCACUAUGGUGCAUCUGAAGGUGUUACCCAUGAAGGGACUCCUACCGGUACUUUCUAUCGUUCUUCUUGAGCGGCGUAAUGUAAAAACCCCUCUCCAUCUUGAAGGAAAAUGGGAAAAAAUCGGAGGUAUCGACUGUUAUGUCGCAGUACCCGAGGACAACAAAAACCCCGACAAGGUUUUGUUGUUUUUGCCUGACGUGUUCGGCGUCCAAUUUGUCAAUAAUCAACUCCUCGUUUCGGACUUUGCAGCAAAUGGAAUCAAGACAGUCGCAAUUGACUACUUUUUCGGUGACCCAGUGCCGGCCGAUAUCCAAAGCCCCAAUUACAGUGGACCUCCUUUCAACAGAGAGGCCUGGUUUGGGGAUCAUAUGCCGCGAACUCGACCUGCUAUUGACAAAGUAAUCGAAGGAUUGAAAGCGGAGGGUGUAACUGUGUUUGCGGCGACUGGAUAUUGCUGGGGAGCUCGCUACACCUUCGACCUCGCAUUCGACCAUAUCAUCAAAGUGGCCGUCGUAGCGCACCCUUCGUUGCUCAAGAUUCCUGAAGACCUCGAGAAAUACCUUGAAACUUCCGAAGCACCUCUCCUCAUCAACUCCUGCACUGUCGACUCACAAUUUCCUCUCGAAGCUCAAGCGAAAUCCGACGAAAUUCUUGGUGAGGGCAAGUUCAAGCCUGGGUACAAGAGAGAAUAUUUCGAGGGAUGUGAACACGGAUUUGCAGUUCGAGGAGAUAUGGAUGACCCCAAAGUCAAAGCGGGAAAGGAAGGAUCGUUCAAGGCUACGGUGGAGUGGUUGAAGAAGUACUUGUAGUAUUGUCUUCGAGGUAUGGCAUAUACUGUAUUCAAGAAUGUUCGUCAUGAUUGUUGUACUACGAAAGAAAGGAGUCAAGGGAAUGGAGGUUAUCCCACCUGCUUUAAGUCAAAUCGUUAAGCCACACAUGGGAGGCAAUUUAGAUGGCCG